AUGGAGCAAAACCCGAAAGAAUCGUUGCACCGACAAGAGCCAGUGCCACAAUUUCUACGAUACAAGUCUCGGCUUUACAAACUCACUGAUGAACUUGUAGUAGCCAGCCAGGUUGUGGAUCUCGAUUGUGGCCUGGACUGACAGACCGAGCAAACAGAGAGCCAAAGUCUCCCUGAGGAGACUAAGCAACUUGCCAAAUCCCAGGAUGGAACUCAACUGACUAUGACUGGUCAUGGUGGAUCUCCUGCUGGAAACUUGUCACACAACCAGAUGAUUGUUGAACUCAAGUCUGAACUUGAAAGAUCCCUCCAAGCUUCAGAGCGAGAAAUGUCCCAGAGACUAAUUUUCUUAAUAAAGUCAGUCCAAAACUCCCAAGAGUAUGAGCUAGAUGCGAGUGAGAAGGUCCAAAAUUGGCUGAGAGUCAUCAUGUCGCUGAUUUUACUGCUAUCUUUAAUAUUCAUGGUCUUAUUCUUUUUCGGAGACGACAUAUACAAAACAUACCAUAGCCAGAUCGCAGAGUUGAACCAUGAGCAAUUAAUCUGUAGAGAAGAGUAUCUUCAGCACGAAUGUGAUCGACUAGAAGUCGAGCCAGUUCUCGUCCAAUACUGAAACAACUGGAAAAAGUGAUACAGUGCCGAUGUGACCCAGAAAGUAAAGAAAACAGAGUCUUUGUCCAUCUGGAUAACUGAAAACAUCAAUGCAGUUUUCAGACAUCUCUCCUACGAAUCAUACAUCGGCAUUCUGGCACUUUCAGCAGGAUUCGUAUUCAUAAUGGCUCUCAUGAGCUGCCUAUUCUCAAUAUGAGGAGGCAGAAAGAGAGGAUAAUUACCAAACAAAAUUGUUUCAAUCUUC